AUGGUCAACUUCACGUUUGGGAACACAUUCUUCCUCAUGGGGUUCUCUGAUACCCGGGAAGUACAGAUCUUACACGCUGUGCUCUUCCUGCUGAUCUACCUGACAGCCCUCCUGGGGAACCUGCUCAUCAUCACACUCACCACCGAGGACCCCAGGCUGCACACCCCGAUGUACUUCUUCCUCAGGAACUUGUCCUUUCUGGACCUCUGCCUCAUUUCCAUCACUGUCCCCAAAGCCAUCGUGAGCUCUCUGACAAGCAACAACACCAUUUCAUUUCUGGGAUGCGUGUCACAGGUGUUUUUCUUCUUCCUCUUAGCCACUACAGAAGUAGCGCUACUCACAGUCAUGUCCUAUGACCGCUACGUGGCCAUCUGCUACCCGCUCAGAUACGACACCAUUGUGAACCAUGGAGCCUGCGUGCAGAUGGCCACCUCUUCGUGGGCCAGUGGGGGUCUCAAUGCAAUUCUGCACACAGCUGCCACCUUUUCCAUAGCCAUGUGUGGGUCUCCUGAAGCUCAUCAGUUCUUCUGUGAUGUCCCACAGCUGCUCUCUCUUGCCUGCUCCUAUAAUAUUGGGGAACUGGUAGUCAUUGGACUCAGCCUAAUGUUAGAUUUUGGCUGUUUUGUGUUUAUUGAUAUUUCUUACAUCCACAUCUUCUCCAGUGUGCUGAGGAUGCCCUCCAGAGAAGGCAGGUCCAAAGCUUUCUCAACCUGCCUGACUCACCUCAUUGUUGUGACUCUGUUUCUCUCUUCUGGGUUUUUUGCCUAUUUGCACCCUUUACCCAAAUCUCCAUCACUCUGGGACUUGCUAGUUUCUGUUUUCUAUACGGUAGUGCCACCGACCAUGAACCCCCUCAUCUACAGCCUGAGAAAUAAGGAUAUGAAGGUGGCACUAGGCAAACUGAGAAUGAGCAUUGUGCAUCAAACUGGAAGUUAA